UACUCUUUAAUCUUGCAGACUCAUAUCUUUAGUCCUACAGAUCAUCCCAUUGCUUAAGAAUCAUGGGUCACAGCAGUGCUAGUGCUUCCAUCCAACUCGUCUCACUAAUAAUACUGUUAGGAAUUUUAUCCCUUGAAACCAUUAAAUUCGGUUUCUGCAGUGAUGAUCAUAAUGUGAGAUGCAUAGAUAUAGAGAGGAAAGCCCUUCUCAAGCUCAAACAAGGCCUCACAGAUCCUUUCGAUCGGCUUUCGUCUUGGGUGGGAGAAGAUUGCUGCAAAUGGAGUGGUGUAGGCUGCAACAACAUAACUGGACGUGUCAACAUGCUCGAUCUUCGCAAUCGCUAUUCAGAUGGGUUAGAUGGUUACGGAUCAAUAAAGCAUGCAUUUGGUGGUGAGAUCAAUCCUUCUUUGCUUGUUUUGAAAGAUUUGGUUCACUUGGAUUUGAGCAUGAAUAACUUUGAAGGUGUCCAACUUCCAAGUUUCAUUGGAUCACUAGAGAAACUGAAAUACCUCAAUCUCUCUCGUACAUCUUUUGUUGGAGUCAUUCCCCCCACUCUUGGAAACCUCUCAAGGUUGCUUUAUCUUGAUCUUAGUAAUUUCCUUUUUCCUAACCCAAUUGAGACUGACCUUCAGUGGCUUGCAACUCUUUCUUCCUUAAAGUACCUUAACUUGGAAGGAGUGGACCUUACCAAGGCUACACCCUAUUGGCUUCCCACUGUUAAUAUGCUCCCUUCACUUGUUGAAUUGCAUUUGCCCCUUUGUGGACUUUCCAUCCUUCCUCUCACUCUUCCUUCUAUCAAUUUCACAUCUCUUUUGGUUCUUGAUCUCUCUAACAACGAUUUCAAAUCCACAAUACCUCCUUGGUUGUUCAAUCUCACUGAACUACAGAUGUUGGAUUUGGCAUAUAACAGUCUGACAGGAAAACUUCCUGAUUCUUUGGGAUAUCUUAAAAGCUUGAGAUACCUCAUAUUGGCGGCUAAUUCAUUGAGUGGGAUCAUCCCAGAAUGUCUUGGGGAGCUCUCAUCCUUGGUUUCACUAGAUAUCUCUUACAACACAUGGGAAGGUGCCAUUACAAAAGCUCAUUUCUCGAAACUUGGAGGCCUGAGAGAAGUAUCAAUUAUUGCAAAUGAUGCCCCAAACAUUUCCUUGGUUUUCAACAUAAGUUCUGAUUGGAUACCUCCUUUCAAAUUAAGAUACUUGGACAUUAGAUCAUGCCAACUGGGUCCCAAAUUUCCUACAUGGCUUAGAAAUCAGACUGAGUUGACCACGGUGGUACUCAAUAAUGCUAGGAUUUCAGACACCAUACCAGAUUGGUUUUGGCAGUUGGAUUUGCAAUUUGAUAAUCUAAAUGUCGCUCAUAAUCAACUAAGCGGCAGGGUGCCCAAUUCAUUAAGAUUCAGCUAUGAUUCCAGUGUUGAUUUGACUUCAAACCGCUUUGAAGGUCCACUCCCACUAUGGUCCUCAAACAUUACAUGGCUGUAUCUUAGAGAUAAUCUAUUUUCAGGGCCAAUUCCUCAUAACAUUGGUCAAGUGAUGCCCAAUUUGACACGUCUAGACAUUUCUAGGAACUCUUUGAGUGGAAGCAUUCCCCUGUCCAUUGGUAAUUUAAGCCAAUUACAUUUCAUGUUGAUGUCAAAUAACCUCUUGUUUGGUGAGAUUCCUCAUUUUUGGAACAAUAUACCAUCGUUGUAUAUUGUAGACAUGUCAAACAACAGUCUCUCUGGUACAAUCCCAAGAUCCUUAGGCUCUUUUACUUCACUCAGAGUCUUGUUCCUCUCCAGCAACAACUUUUCAGGUGAAGUUCCUUCCUUGAAAAACUGCACUAACCUGAAGAUUCUUGAUCUUGGUGAUAACAAGUUUUUUGGACCGAUUCCAGCUUUCAUUGGUGAAAGCAUGCUCUCUUUAAAGAUUUUAUGCUUGAGGUCCAACUCAUUUACUGGAAGCAUCCCUUUACAAUUAUGUGGCCUUUCCACUCUCCAUAUAUUGGACUUCUCACACAACAAUCUUUCCGGAAAUAUUCCCCACUGCAUAGGUAAUUUGAAUGGCUUUAAAUCUGAGGUCAAAGACAUGGAUACAGAAUCCUACGGUUAUUUGGGAAGAUUGUUGGUGGUGUCAAAAGGAAGAGUGCUUGUAUAUGACUCCAUCCUUUACCUUGUUAAUAGCGUUGAUCUCUCGGACAAUAACUUGUCAGGAGAGAUGCCUAUGGGGAUAACAAGCCUAAUAAAGUUGGGCACCUUAAAUUUGUCCAUGAAUUAUUUGACAGGAAAUAUCCCAGCAGAUAUCGGAAACUUGGGGUGGAUAGAAAGUCUUGAUCUAUCAAUGAACAAACUUUCAGGUUCAAUUCCACAAAGCAUGGUUUCUUUAACAUUUUUGAAUCAUCUGAACCUGUCAUACAAUAACUUGUCCGGGAAAAUUCCAACGGGUAACCAAUUUAAGACCUUUGUUGACCUGUCAAUUUAUGAGGGCAACCCCGGUCUUAGCGGGUGUCCAUUACCAACUGGUUGCCAAGACAAUGAAGGAGCACCUCAAGUUCCAAGUGGAGAUGGAGGAGAGGAUGAUGACAGUAAACUUGAAAAGCUACAGUUCAUCAUUAGCAUGGUGAUAGGUUUCUGUGCAGGGUUCUGGGGAGUUUUUGAGACUUUGGCCAUGAAGAGGUCUUGGAGACAUGCCUAUUUUCACUUCCUUGACAAAGUGAAAGAUGCUGUCCUUGAUUUUGUCUCAGCCAUUGGUACUUAUCUGCAGAAAAGAUCGUAGAGCAUAGAAGAAGCUGCACAUGUGAAGGAAUAUGUAUGCAAGCAAAUAAAGCAAAGUUUAGUAUUGUCCUUUACAAUUUUGUAAGUUGGUUAUUGUAAUAUGAAUUUAUACUUUUGUGUAUUGUGCCUUAACGAAACAAUUGCUUCAAUCCAUUUGAGUCAGAAAAUAAAAAGAUUUAACGAAGUUCCUCACAACAAAUAUAACUGAGGUAUGUCCUAGAGCAGCAUAUGCAAACACGUCCACUAUCAACAAAUUAGGAUGUUUACAAAGUAUUUGGCAACCUCACAACCCAAAGCCCCAAAUACACCCAAUAACACUCACCGCACAAAAACAAAAAGAGGAGGAAAUUAUGAACCUUAACUAAUGCUCUCUGGGCCCAAGUGCUAAAAGGGCGUUAUUUUCCGGAUGAUGAUUUCACUAAUGCCGUAUGCCGUUGGUGGAGCCAGACCUUCAUGGGUUUGGACAAGUCUUCUGGAAGGAAAAAGGGCAAUCAUUGAUAGAGGUCGAAUACAGAUCCUAAAUGGUGAGAAUAUAUACUUGUAUCUGAUCUGACAGCUGGCCCUCCCCUGCAGAUGAUGGUCGUAUUACUCCGAUCAACCCUAUCCCCCCUUCUGCAGAGAUUGGACUAUUCUAGCCCUAAUCAAUCAGACUCGCAGGAUGGAAUCCAACUUUGAGUCAGUUGAGUGGUUUUGGACCCCUGGGAAUUUGAAUCGUGCUGCUCAUGAAGUGGCAAGGAU